CCCUUGCUGCGCUGGCUCGCUAGGGCUGGUCCCCGCUGUCCCAGGCGCUCGGCCGCCUUCAAUGUCCGCACGUUGCAGCGAAGGCCGAUCCGACAUGAGCAACAAAGAAGGUGGCGUCCCCGGCGGCGCGGGGCGGCCUCCUCGCAAGUGGGGGCCCUCCAGCCUUUUGUGCAGCAUGCCCUCCUCACCCUCUCUCCUUGCCCGCUCGGGGCGACUGUAGGGCAUUCCCGCCAGAUUGGCUUUACUUGUACCCCCCUUUUCUUAAAUCUCGGAGUUGUACGUUCAUCCAGUUCGGAUCAGGAGGGUUCAGAAAGAGGAAACAUGACAACUUCCCCCAUAACCAAAGAAGAGAUGGGAAGGAUGUUCAUUCAUCUUCUCCCGUGAUGUUGGCCUUCAAAUCGUUUCAGCAGGAGCUGGAUGCAAGGCAUGACAAAUACGAGAGACUUGUGAAGCUCAGCCGAGAUAUAACUGUUGAAAGUAAAAGGACAAUUUUUCUCCUCCAUAGGAUUACAAGUACACCUGACAUGGAAGAAAUAUUGACUGAAUCAGAAAUUAAAUUGGAUGCCGUCAGACAAAAAAUAUUACAGGUGGCCCAAGAGCUGUCAGGAGAAGACAUGCAUCAGUUCCAUCGAGCCAUUACCACAGGACUGCAGGAAUAUGUGGAAGCUGUCUCUUUUCAACACUUCAUCAAAACACGGUCAUUAAUCAGUAUGGAUGAAAUUAAUAAACAGUUGAUAUUUACAACAGAAGACAGUGGAAAAGAAAACAAGACUCCCUCCUCUGAUGCACAGGAUAAGCAGCUGGUCACGUGGAGCCUGAAAGUCACACCUGUUGAUUACCUCCUGGGAGUGGCCGAUUUAACUGGAGAAUUGAUGCGGAUGUGUAUUAACAGUGUGGGGAACGGGGACAUUGACACCCCCUUUGAAGUAAGCCAGUUUUUACGCCAGGUUUAUGAUGGGUUCUCAUUCAUUGGCAACACAGGGCCUUAUGAGGUUUCUAAGAAGCUGUAUACCUUGAAACAGAGCCUGGCUAAAGUGGAGAAUGCUUGUUAUGCUCUGAAAGUCCGAGGUUCAGAGAUUCCAAAACAUAUGCUGGCAGAUGUGUUUUCAGUUAAAACAGAAAUGAUUGAUCAGGAAGAGGGCAUUUCUUAGAAUAGUAUCACUCAGCUAUUCUCUUAUGAAUUCCUGAGAGAGACCAGUUUUUAAGUCUAUUACUUAGUGUUUCAUUUGAUUUUGUUGUGGCUUUUACGUAGAAAUGUUUUCAGUUGUACUUGUUUUAAAUUGUAAACAAGCUGUAUAUAAAAUGAUCCAAAGGAAUACUUUUUUAUUCAUGAAAAUUUGCUUACAACUGUUUGCAUAUAGGCUCAUUUGAAUUUUUGCUAGCUAACCUUUAUCAUUUAUUGAGUUGUGUGAACAUGCUUCCGAUUGUACUUUCUGCCGUAUCUAUUUUAAUUUACUUUGUGUGAGUUUUAGAGUGAUAAAGCCAUUGAAGUUGGUGAUUUUCUUAUAUAUAGAAAAGAUUUCUCAGACUCUGGGCUUGAACUUCCUAUUUAAAUUUCUUAGUUAUUUGCUUAGCUUUCAAAAUAGGUUUAAUCCAUGGAGCAGUUAAAAUUAAUAUUUUGAAGUGUAAAUUUUGAAAUAUUAUAGUAAGGAUUCAUAUAAAAUUCUGGCUAAUUUUAGGCCACUUUGAAUUUAUAUGAAACAACCUUCCAGAAAAAUUGACAUAUACCCUGGUGUUAGUUUCACUGUUUAUGUUUUGUCCUUUUAUCACAGAUAAUCUGAUGGGAAUUAGAGCUAACAGUAUAAUAUUUCUAAUUGAUAAAGUUGAGUUAAAUUGUAUAUUUGUACAUACAACUGAAAAGCUUUCAGUAGUAACUUUUUUCUAGCAUAUCUUUUUGGUCAUUGUAUUAGGCAUGUUUGGAGGCUUUCUUAUUCUUGCAUCUAUUAGAAGUUAUAUUUAAAUAUUAUAAUGAAAUUUGGAAACACUAAGCUAAUCCAAACCCUUAUAAUUAUCCAUGGUGUUAAUUGAUAAAGUUGCCAAAGAACAUGCAUUAUGUACAAUUCAGCAAUAA